CUAUUUUUACUUUGUAAGCUACCGUUGAAGAGAGCGGUCGCAUAAUGAAAGUUACUAGUAGUACAAUAUUGUCCAGAAAUAUUAUAAUUGCUCUGAUACAACGGAGGAGAAAAAUCAAGAAGAGAGUCCGAAAGUAGGUAUUGGGUGCAUCCCAUUCACAGUGAUAGAUUAUUAAAUGUAAAAUUUUACACGAUGCAUUCAAAACUACUAGAUUACCCGAAAAAGUUUUUCGCAUUUUAUCGAAUGACCAUAACUAGCUUCAAUGAACUUGUCAAGUUAAUUGGGCCAACCAUAGCUAAGGAGGAUACAAAUUUAAGACUUUCUAUACCGGUGGAGGAGAGAUUGAGCGUCACUAUUCGAUAUUUGGCCACUGGAGCAAGUUUCAAUACGUUGUCCUUUGAUUAUUAUCUAAUGGGAGCUUCGACAAUUCGAGAUAUUACUAAAACUACAUGUGAGCAAAUAUGGAACAUACUCCAACCGCUGUAUAUGCCCAUAAAACAACAUGGUGACUGGAUUAAAAUUGCGGACGAGUUCUAUAGUCGUACAAAUUUUCCAAAUAUUAUUGGGGCAAUAGAUGGCAAGCACAUACGGAUAAUACAGCCAGAACAUUCCGAACCGUCAUAUUUUAACUACAAAAAGUUCUUUUCUUGUGUGUUAAUGGCUUGGACCGACGCAGAUUAUAAAUUAUGGAACGGCUAGUGAUUCAGAAAUAUUUAAAACAUCUGAAGUGGGUAAACGACUUUCCGAGAACCGAUGAAAUAUUCCCUCCGGCAGGCAUUUGCCCAAUGAUGAUGAUGAACACGUUAUGCCAUUCUCUGUCGUGGGCGAUGAAGCAUUUGGACUUGCAAAUCACAUAUUAAGUCAAUAUGCAAAAAGAAAUUUAAGCGAAUUUUCAACUAUAGACAUACAAGAGCUUGACGCAUGAAUGAACAUGAAAAGAACAUUGAAUGUUCUUUCGGCAUUCUCGCCAACAAAUGGCGUAUUUUAUGUCCUACAUAAUUUUGUACGAAUCAAAAAUGGAAUAAAAUUCACAGACACUCUUCACAGUUGUCCCAUGAACAACUUAACGAUAAAUGAAAACAACCGAGGUAGAAAUGAUAUGA